UUUUACCAAAUGCAAACGGUGAUCGCAAACAGCUAUUUCUAUACGCGCCUCUCGGUGCGCUGUGACGCACAUAUACGUCUUUCACCGAGCGCGCGCUGAUGGCGGACAGCAGCAACUACUUUACAAGCGUUCGGAGAGUCGCGAGAGAGAAAGUCACUCACAGGCAGAGACGCCCGGUCCUGGGCUUUAGCGCUGUAUGUAAUUCAGUCACCUGUUUCGGACAGGAGAAGGUUACUUUUAGUCCCUUUUUGUUGCGCGUUUCACUUUCAACUGGCUAAUAUGUGGCAACGGGAAAUAGUGGACUGUAACAGACGGGACGGGAUUUAGGAAGAGCGGCUGCGUAACUUACUGACAGAAAUAACAUAAGCCCCCAAGAAGACGCUGCCCGACUUGGACCCGAGGAUAUUAUUAUAGACCGGCUGUGGAUAACUGCUCCGCCAGCAUGAAGUUUGCGGAGCACCUGUCUGCCCAUAUUACUCCAGAAUGGAGGAAACAAUAUAUUCAAUAUGAGGCUUUCAAGGAGAUGCUGUAUGCGGCUCAGGACCAGGCCCCAUCCAUAGAAGUCACGGAUGAAGACACUGUCAAACGGUACUAUGCCAAGUUUGAAGAGAAGUUCUUUCAGACCUGUGAAAAGGAACUCUCCAAAAUCAACACAUUCUAUUCAGAAAAACUUGCUGAGGCGCAGCGCCGAUUCGCAACUUUGCAGAAUGAGCUGCAGACGUCUCUGGAUGCCCAGCGAGAGAGCAACGCUCCGGGGUUGCGCAGUCAUCGCAAAACGGUGUUCUCUUUGUCCAACCAGGAGCGCAACAAACAUCGAAACAUCAAAGAUCUGCAGCUGGCCUUCAGCGAGUUCUACCUCAGUCUCAUCCUCCUGCAGAACUACCAGAAUCUGAACUUCACUGGAUUCCGGAAAAUCCUGAAGAAACAUGAUAAGAUUCUGGAAACACAACGUGGAGCAGAUUGGCGUGUGGCCCAUGUUGAGGUGGCUCCAUUCUACACCUGUAAGAAGAUCACACAGCUCAUCUCUGAGACUGAGGCCCUGGUGACCACAGAGCUGGAAGGAGGUGAUCGUCAGAAGGCUAUGAAGAGGCUGAGGGUUCCACCUCUUGGAGCUGCUCAGCCUGCACCUGCCUGGACCACUUUCCGUGUUGGACUGUAUUGUGGGGUCUUCAUCGUCCUGGCUGUAGCAUUCGUCCUUACUGGUGCUUUUUUCAUCCGUAAUCAGAACAUCUGGCCGCUGGUACGCAUCUACCGUGGCGGUUUCCUGCUGAUUCAAUUUCUCUUCCUGUUGGGGAUAAACACUUAUGGCUGGAGGCAGGCAGGGGUCAACCACGUGCUGAUCUUUGAGCUGAACCCUCGAAACAACCUCUCACAUCAACAUCUGUUUGAGAUUGCAGGAUUUUGGGGGGUUCUUUGGUGUCUCAGUAUCCUUUCCUGCCUGUUUGCGGACUACACUUUUCUCCCUAUGCAGGCGAACCCCCUUAUCCUCUACGGUUUUAUGUUGCUCUUCCUCAUUGUCCCUUUCAAAACUGCCUACUACAAAUCCCGUUUCUGGCUCAUCAAACUGCUGUUUCGUGUGUUCACCGCUCCGUUCCACCGAGUGGAAUUUGCCGACUUCUGGUUGGCUGACCAGCUCAACUCCCUGGUGAUCGUGCUCUCAGAUCUGGAGUAUCUGGUCUGUUACUACAGCAUGGAGCUGAAAUGGGGGGAACUUAGUGGCUUGCUGUCCAACACAUAUGGUGAUGAAAAGUGUAACAGCUACUCUUAUGGUGUCCGCGCGAUCAUUCACUGUCUGCCUGCAUGGCUGCGGUUCGUGCAGUGUCUACGACGUUAUCGUGACACCAAGAGAGCCUUCCCUCACCUGGUGAAUGCUGGAAAAUACUCCACCACCUUCUUUGUGGUCACGUUUGCAGCCCUCUACAGAACUCAUAAAGAUCAGAAACAUACUGAUGCUGAGGUGUUUUUCUAUAUGUUGAUCGUCUCAUCAGUCAUCAGUUCACUCUAUACACUGAUCUGGGAUCUGAAGAUGGACUGGGGUCUUUUCGACCGCAACGCUGGCGAGAAUACCUUUUUGAGAGAGGAGAUUGUUUACCCACAUAAAGCCUACUACUACUGUGCCAUAAUAGAAGAUGUAAUACUGCGCUUCGCCUGGACUCUGCAGAUUGCUCUGACUUCCAUGACUGCCAUUCCCUCCAUCGAGGACAUCGUGGUUACCAUUUUAGCUCCUCUGGAAGUGUUUAGACGUUUUGUUUGGAAUUUCUUCCGUCUUGAGAAUGAGCACCUGAAUAACUGUGGUGAGUUCAGAGCGGUGCGAGACAUCUCAGUGGCUCCUCUGAACGCUGAUGACCAGACACUUCUAGAGCAGAUGAUGGACCAGGAGGAUGGAGUGCGGAACAGACAAGGCAAAAAGAGCUGGAAGCGCAGCUACAGCCUGUCCUUACGACGGCCACUGCUGUCCUCUCAGUCUAAGAAGGACACUAAGGUACUGAUUGAGGAUACGGAUGACGAAGCCUUCAGCUGAAUCCAGAUCUCGCUGUCCCUCCAACUCUCAGCUUUUUAUCAGUUCCUCACAGAGCUGCCUCAGCACACCCGAUCCUAAACACACACACACACACACACACACACACACACACACACACACACACACACACGCACACACACACAUUUUCUCCCACACUCACAAACCCAUCCAAAGACAGGCACAAAAACAGCUGUGAGACAUAUCAGGACACAACAGUAAUAUCCUGCAAACACAGACACACACGGAAACACCGAUUUUCUUCAAGGUACUUUUUUAUUCGACUUUUUAAUUGUGUUUCUCUAUAUUGAUACGUUUUUGUACUUUUGUUUAGGUUUUUGAAGCUAUAUUACUGCAGACAACUGUUUACAAACUUACAAUAACUAGGAAUCUACAGGGAGGAGAGAAUUAUCAUUUAAAAAAAUAACAUAAAAAGUUAUAAUAAUAGUUAUAUAAUGCACAGACUCUGUCCACGCUCUAUAGCCGCAGCUCAUUUUGAAAUAGCAACAGCUCGUUAGCUGUUGUUUUUCAUAUUCUUUUAGUAGUUUUUUCUCUCAUUUUUUUUUUUUUCGUUGUCAUGACAUCAGAGUACGGCCCUGGUGGCACUUUUAGGAAAUGCUUGACAUUUCCAAACCAUUUAAAACCAUAAGCAUGUUUAGAGUUAUAUUAUAUUCAUAUAAGUUUCUUUAACAUGCAUUGCUUUGAUAUCAAAGCUGUCAUUUUUGCCAUGAAUGGUUUGUGUGUAAGAGAAUGGAGUGUAUGUGAUUUUUUUCCUUCGGAGAAGAAUAGCUGAUGUAAAACUAAAGGUUUACUUAGUUUAAACUCUGCUGUCCUCAAUGUAGAUUCUUUAUUUUCUGUCUUACUUUGACCAGUGCAACUACUGUACGCAAACUUGUCAGGUCGACGUUAAAAGUCAAGUUUGGGUAAAUGUUACCCACUGUAAAAGAUAACAUGAUACUUUGAACUGUAAUAGUUUGUAGUGAUGCACUUAACUUAAAAUAAAUAAAUAAAUAAAUAAAUCAUGAAUAAUUGCCACCCAUCUUACAUUUUUACAAAUACAACUGCUAACUAAAAGAAAGACAUUUUUAUGGAACUAAUGCAUUUCCUACAUGGCAUUUUGCGUCACUUGCCAUAACAAUUACAAGCCAAAGAGGAAAUGCAAACACUGCCAGUUAAUUAUUAUUCUUAUGGUUGUGAUAUCAUUAGAAUUUUGUAUUAUGUUGAACCAAAAGAGAUGCUUAAGACCGUUAUAUUUUGUGCAUCUAUUUGUAGUUCCUGUGUGGUGAGGAGGUAUCUUUUAUAAAAUCCCCUGACCAACAUCCUUAAUUAUGGUGGCAAUUUUUUAUUUUUGUUUUAUUGUUUUUUGCUUGCAUGACACUUUAGCGUGUUGACCUGUUUACAAUCAGUUUUACAUUUUGAUGUGAAAAUGUGUUUAGAUGGUUUAUAAAGUACAUUUUUGAGAGACAGGUAAAUUACUACAAUAUAUAAACUGUUCUCUUUGUGAAUUACAAACUGCACAUUUAGGAGAAGAGAGAUAAAACAUCAUUUAUUCAUUCAUGUCAAUACUUUGAUAGAUGAUGAAGGAUACUCUUACGAUACUCUUACGAUACUCUUACAUACUAUUAUGAUUCAUAUACAUUGUUGUCAUCAAAAAAGAAAACACCAGGGCUGUUUUUAGCUGAUAUGUACGUUUUGCUAACGUUUUUUUACAGUUUGGUUCAUGACUUUUUUCUGUAGCUUGCGUUGAUGGAUUUUUGCAAGCACAAUCUUUCAACUGUAAUCUCUCUCUCUCUCUCUCUCUCUCUCUCUCUCUGUCCUGAUUCUUUCUUUCUUUUCUUUCUGUUACUCUGUUUCUUAUUCUCAAUUGCUCUUUAAAAAGAAAGUGUUUGUUCAUGCUUCAUGAAAAAUGAUGUACAGAUAGCAUGUUUUGUGUUUGUGAGCAUCACAUUUUAGUUUAUUUAAAGUUUAUUGUUUUGCAUAAACAGACAUUGAAGGCUAAAUUUUAAUGUUCAGUUGUCUUGAAAGCAAACCCAACAAAAACCAUGAGAUUUGCACAGACAAAGAGGAAAAACAGUCUGUGCACUCUACUUGUGUUUUAUGAGAUUUGUGCUUGCAAAAAAAGAUAAAGUGCUAUCCUCAUUCUAAAAUGUGGUUACUGUGUUGUAUAGGUCAUUUUGUCUAUUAAUAUUACUGAAAUGUCAACCGUGCCAUUCUUAAAACGACAUAAAAGCUUUUGGCACACUGUGUCUUAAUUUGCUUUGUCUUCAGCUCUCAAAACUGGCAUUCAAGGGGCGCACACACAAAUUGAAUAAAUUAUACACUUUUAUCCAUAUAUCCAAUCCAAAAUCACCUUAAAUGGCACAAAUUUGCCCCAACCACUCCUUUUGUAAUGCAUUGCCAAUUGUCCUGCCUGCAUGCUACUUUUGUUUUGCACUGUAAAUAGAUUUAUUUUCAUUUUUUACAUGUGUAAAAGGAUGUUGGUUCAUUUAUUGUACAAAUUAUUUAUGUACAAGUUGGAGGUUUUGCUUAAAAUGAGCAGUAUUAUGUUAGAUGAAGGCCAUUUUGAUUAGUCACAAUCCCACACUGUCAUACAUAAGAAUUCUGUCAGAAUAGUGCAAUUUAAGAGGCUUUAGUGAAUAUGGAAUGUUAUCUGUUUAAUCUAAGUGAAUAUUUCUAUUCAUGACACUUCCAUCCCCAGGGUUUGUGCCCAUUUGACAGGACAUGUUGGGUGACAGUGGUUUUGGGUCAAUAUUGUGAACACUGAUAAGAAAUGACAGGUGAGAGGAGAGGAUUUGACAUGUUAAAUUAUCUUAAUCACCCUAACUAUGGGUUUUGUAAUGAGAGGAACCCUUAAAAUGAAGGGUUUUUAACUUGUACAUUAUUUGUUUUAUUUUUUAUUUUUUUUUAACUUUUCAAAUACAGCACUGAAUUACACAAGCCCAGACAUAAUUUCUUCAUGAGGGACAAAAGCUACAUGUUGAUUUUUGCUUGCUAAACCCAUGAUGUUAAAUGCUUGAUAUCUCUGCAUCUUUUAUAUCUCCUAUCUCGAUGUUGUAUCCUUUCUUAAACAAAUGACUGUGACAAUGUUUGUAGUUCAUAGAUGGUUGUACUUUUGAGCAAGUUAAGACUUAAAGAAAAAUAGAAAAAAUGUGUGGUUCUGUGAUUAAAUAAAGACGUAAAAAGAGAACAUUUCUCACAGUUCCCCCAUUUAACAGAGUAGUUUGUAAAUGUUGAAUGUAUUGCUAUGAUGGUUCCACCAAUGAUCUCAUUUGUGUUUAUGUAUACACUUUGGUGAUCCUGUCAUAUUUGGGUUUUAUAAACCACGCUUAUUUUCAAAACCUUCA